AUGGAAAUGAACGUCGCUACUCCUGCUCCUGCCGUCGCUGGCGCUGGUGCCCCUCAACCAGGACAAAAUCCAACUGGCUCGUCUUACACCAUGGCGUCGCUCUACGUUGGAGAUCUCCACCCGGACGUCAAUGAGUCGAUCCUCUUCGAGAAGUUCAGUGCCGCCGGACCUGUUCUUUCUAUCCGUGUCUGCCGAGACAAUGCUACACGUCUUUCUCUCGGAUACGCCUAUGUCAACUUCCAGCAACCAGCUGAUGCUGAGCGGGCUAUGGACACGAUGAACUUCGAGGCUCUCCAUGGAAAACCAAUGAGAAUCAUGUGGUCGCAGAGAGAUCCAGCUAUGCGCCGAUCUGGAGCUGGAAACAUCUUCAUUAAGAAUCUCGACAAAGUUAUCGAUAACAAAUCGAUUUACGACACAUUCUCGUUGUUUGGUAACAUCUUGUCGUGCAAGGUUGCUAUCGACGAAGAGGGAUCCAGCAAAGGAUAUGGUUUCGUCCACUUCGAAACUGAAGAGGCUGCACAGAAUGCUAUCCAAAAAGUCAACGGCAUGCUCCUUGCUGGAAAAAAAGUCUUCGUUGGCAAAUUCCAACCACGUGCUCAGCGCAAUCGCGAGCUCGGAGAAACAGCUAAGAAGUUCACCAAUGUCUACGUGAAGAACUUCGGAGAGCAUUACAACAAAGACACUUUGGAAAAGCUCUUCGCCAAGUAUGGUACCAUCACCAGUUGCGAUGUCAUGACUUCCGAAGGCAAGUCUAAGGGAUUUGGAUUUGUCGCUUUUGCUGAGCCAGAGGAAGCCGAAGCCGCUGUUCAAGCUCUCAAUGAUUCACCAGUCGAAGGAUCUGACUUGAAGCUUCAUGUUUGCCGUGCUCAGAAAAAAUCCGAGAGACACGCUGAGCUGAAGAAGAAGCAUGAACAACAUAAGGUUGAACGUAUGCAAAAGUAUCAAGGUGUCAACCUGUAUGUGAAAAACCUCGACGAGUCGGUGGACGAUGAAGCUUUGAAGAAGCAAUUCGAGUCUUUCGGAAACAUCACGAGUGCCAAGGUCAUGACUGAUGAGAAUGGAAGAUCCAAGGGAUUCGGAUUUGUAUGCUUUGAGAAGCCGGAGGAAGCCACUACUGCUGUCAGUGAAAUGAAUUCCAAGAUGGUCUGCUCGAAGCCACUCUACGUUGCUCUUGCUCAACGCAAGGAAGACCGCCGUGCUCAGCUUGCGUCGCAGUACAUGCAACGUCUUGCUAGCAUGCGAAUGCACACUAAUGUCCCAGGAGGUGGCAUGUACAGCCCUGCUCAACCAGGACCAGGAUAUUACGUUGCUAACCCAAUGCAACAGCAACGCAACUUUGUUGGAGGACCACAACUUGCUCGCCCAGGAGGACGCUGGGGACCACAAAACCAAUACCCUGUCCAAAGCCAAUACAUGAUGGCUCAAGGACCAGGAGUGUACCAGAACCGCAUGGGACGUCCACAAAACCAACAAGGUGGACCACGCGGGCCACCACAGCAGUACAGUCAGGUCGCUCAAGGAGGAGUUCGCAUGCAAGGACCACCACGUGUUCCAAACGCCGGUGUCCAACAGCAAAACGUUCAGCGUCCUCCACCACAGCAACUACAACAGCAGCAACAGCGUCCAGCUCCAUCCGGACCAAAAGCCCCACCACAACCAUACAACCAACAAUACCAGCAACCAAGACCACAAGGAAUCGUCAUCGGUGGACAAGAGCCACUUACAACGGCUAUGCUGUCCGCUGCUGCUCCACAGGUACUAAAAACUAUUUUUUUUCAACUUAAAAUUGACGUUUUUCAGGAGCAAAAGCAACUUCUUGGAGAACGUAUCUACGCUCUCAUCGAGAAGCUCUACCCAGGACACAAGGAUGCUGGAAAAAUCACGGGAAUGAUGCUUGAGAUCGACAAUUCUGAAUUGAUCAUGAUGCUCCAGGAUAGUGAUUUGUUCCGCUCCAAGGUCGACGAGGCUGCCUCCGUUCUCGCUUCUGCUCAGAAGCAAUAA